AUGCCCAGUGCCUCGGCCCCACUCACCGUCCCUCCCCGCCCGUUCCCGGUGCCCCGGCCCCGCUCACCGUCGCUCUCCGCCGCCCGCCCGCUCCUGCCCGAACAAAAGGCGAGCAGCGCCCCGCGCGCCGCCCCGCCCGCCACAGGUGGGGCCGGGACCCUCCCCUGGGCAGGGCCGGGGGCGCGGGGACCCCCGGGCCGUGCGGGGACCCCCCGGGGCAGCAGCGCGGGGGCGGCAGGAAGAGGCGUUCGGGAAGGGCUCGGGGCUCCUGGAGCCGCGUCAACCCGGUCCCCGCCGGACCGGUCCAGCCGGGUGCUGCCGCCGCGUCCCGGGCGAAGCCGCCGUCACCCAGUGCCCGAGUCAUCCACUGGAUACGUCCCAGCCCAUCUCAGGACCCCCAGGUGUGGUGAGCAGGAGGAUUCUGCCCCGGUGAGGAUGAGGAGGGAGCAUCCUGCACCCCCGCUGCCUGUACGGUUCCUGGCACGUCUGGCUGUGAGCGCUGCCAGGCGGGGAUUCUCAGCUCCCAAGGGAGGUGAGAGACAGAGCUUCCACCGCCUCUGCAAGAAAAAGGGAAUUGAUGGCUGUGCGCUGAGCGGGAGAUCCGGAGCACAGCGAGAGAGCUCUCGGCACAAGGAAAUGGGCACACGGCACAGCACGGCGCGACAUGGCACGGCAGGGCACAGCACAGCUCAGGUGUCAGCCAGAAAUCUCAUUCACACUCCCCCCUUGGUCAAGGUCGAGGGUGUCAGGGAAGCGCGACGAUGUGUUCAUCAUGUAUGUAACCCAUCCCCCUGCAUCCCCUGCAUCCCCCUGCAUCCCCCUGCAUCCCACCUCCGUGUCCCAAAUCAGUCACUCCGUAUCCCAUCUCUGCACCCCUGGCACUGCCCCGCUCCACUCUUUGUGUCCUGGGGGACAGAAUGGUGGCCAUGCUCACUGUCACAGCCACUGCUGGGGUCACAGCACCGCUCCCAGAGCUGCUGCUCCUGCCUGGCACUGCCAGGUGCGAUGGGUGCAGCCAGCACCGGCACAUCCAGGGGCUGCAGCUGGGACCAGGGAAGGGACUCUGGGCACCCCAGCUCAAGGCUGCAAGGGGCUUUUUCUGGUGCCAGUAGAUCAGUGGGAGCAAGGAGCUGUCUUCUCCACGUAAGUGUGGGGCUGGGGAGGGGACACGGUGCCCAGGUGUGUGUCAGAGCAGGGCGGAGGCCCCGUGGGCCCAGUGCCACCCUCGCCCGGCUGUUGGGAAGAUUCGCAGGCCUUUGUCCCCUGGGCUGCGGUGCCAGCGCUGGCCUCAGCGCUUCCCUCUCAUCCAUUCGCGAGUGCCACCGGCCACACCCCAGCAGGCUGGCACUCACCCCCUGAGGUGUCUGUGACCCAUCGGUGACAAAGCCCACUCCUCCCAGGUGAUAGGACAGCCCUCUCCCGGCGCAGGGGUGCAGUGGGCGCUCCCUCCCAGCACUGUCUCCCAAGCCCUGAGCUUUGCCCACGGGUCUGGGGGCUCAGCCCCUGCCCCCCGCCCCGUGCCCUGCAGAGCUGGAAAAGCCCUGGUGAAUAGGGGUUCCAGGCAGGGCAGGGUGGGGUGCUGGCAGCCUCUUGCCACCCCCUUCCUUCCAUUCCCAUCCCUUCCCUCCCCCGGGGCCAACGCUGUGAUUCAGCCUCUCAGUUUCAGUCCUCGUAGCCAAUUUCCAUGCCGAGCGGGAACACGGCAGGGAGGAGCGAGCCACACGCUGCUCGACACCUCCAGCCCAGGACUGGCACAGCCUUGUCAGCACCAACAUGACCCCCUGUGAGCCCCAAAACGCCCUGAUGCAGGCAGGAGAGGGGUCAUCCCACCCUGCCACCUCCCACCUCCAUCGGGGGAUGCAGGCUGCACCCUCGGAUCCAGGAGCAGGAUGCAUCCCCAAGGAGCAGUGUCACAGUGUUGCACCCCAAAACAACCACCAGAUCAUGCAUAUCACGCCCCAAAGAGCCAUGUGGGGUAGGACAUGCUGCCCUUCAGCCCCCUGCAGCCCUAUACCCCACCUGACACUCCCCUGAACAAUGAGGGGGUCAUGGAUCCAAAUUGGGGUCCCCCUCAGAGAACCCAGAGCCUCACAGGAGCCUGGCUGCUCUCAUGGCCUCCAUGGGUCCACAGCCCCAAAAGUUCCCCCAGGUCACCUGUGGGGAUGUCCAGGCCUGAACUCAUCCCUUCCUCUCCCACAGUGGGGUCUCUCCCACCCUGAGCUCCUGGAUCCCAUCGUGGCAGCACGUGGAAGGUGGAGGCAGCCAUGAAAAGACCAGUC